AAAUUUAUUGCUGGUUUGAUAUUCCAGCAUUAUUUUGACUAGUGUCUAGUGAAAUGGAAUUGGAACGAAGAGAUCACUUGAAGAACGUUACAAAGUAUGGUUAAUUACAAAUGAAAACGCAUAUCAAUACUCAACAGAACGCGUGUAGCGAACAUUAUAUACAUUAUAUCUUCCUUGAUCCGUAAAAGAUAAACGCACCGGUAAUUUUUCCUUUUGAGAUCGUUCUGUGGGUGCAUGUUGCAGUUUGCAGUCCUUGCCAAUGACAUUGUGUUUUAUGUGAGACCCUCAGUCGGUGGCCAGCCGUGGCACAGAACGGUUGGUAUCACAAUGUACGUACGCGCGUCUGCAGUGAAAGUUCCCUAGUCUGCGAAAUGUUGAUCGCGAUCGCUUUCCUGUUUGUGUAGGCGAUAUGGACAGGAGGCAGCUACGGCGCGGACUACGCGACCGCCUGCGCCAGGUCUGGGCGCUCGCACCGAGGCAGGAUGCCGCAGGUUGCUCCCUGCGACCUCAGCAAACAUAACUACUGCACCGCACCUGGGACCAGCUACCCUUGGAACGCAAUACGAAGAUUUGUGAGAGAAAAUCAGGGUCUGAUGAAACGCAUGUACGGUGAAGAACGACACAUAUCAAUCUUAAAAUCUGAACUAGAAAACUACAUUGAAGACGACUACGAAGAACCUCUAUUGAAACAGUCAGGCUUCGCCGAAGACAUCGUCAAGGCUAAAAUGAUGUACACUAAAACAAGUCAAGGACGUGCCAUGAAAGAUCGACCCUACUUUCGUCCUAUUAAUAGCGAAAAGACAAAAAAGACGGAAAAUGACACUCUUAAAGUGAAACCUUUAGAAGUAAUCGAGAAUAAAACAAUACAUAAUGAUGAUUCUAAUAGAACUGAAUCCAAUAAUGAUGAAGGUCUUUCAUAUAAAACCAAACUGGAGAGCAUAGCUAACAUUGAAAUCAAUAACUUAGACCAAGAAAUUAUUACUCUAGAAGCGGUAAUAAAACAGAGCAUUGAAACGCACAGCAUAUACCCGAAAUCUUCUACAGAUAUUGAUGCAAUAGACGAGAAGAAUACAACCGAUAUUUCAAACGCCACGUCCGCAGAUUUUAUCAACACAACUGAUGUUAUCACAGAUAAAUUAGAAGAAACAACAGAAUCUGGAAAAGAUGGAUGGAAUCCAAUGAACGUUGAUACUUCUACUUUACCCCCAACAUUACUUUUUUCUGAGCACGAGAGGAUAAAAAUCGAGAAGAAUGAAAAUAAAAUUAAUGAGAAAAAAGAUGAGGUGAGAGUGAAGCCACAGCACCAAGAGGGAGCCAGACCUGCAGUCAUUAAGCUUGGCGGAGCCAACGCGUGUGAAUCCACUGAGACUCUAACAGCGCCGUUCUGGGCCAACAGCACCAGAGGGGAAGUAUUAGCAUUACUGAAUAUGCACCCGUUUGAGCAGUACAUACACAUGGAGACCUGCUUGCAUGAACGGAAACAGAUGUACUGCAGAGAAGGAUGCAGAUGUGAGCAACAAUACCGUCUCCACCGUCUCUUGGCGUAUGACCCUCGUAACGAAUGCAGAGGAAUCUUCGCGGACUGGUUUAGGUUUCCGACCUGCUGCGUUUGCAAGUGCUACGACGUGCCGGUCGAGUUCCGAGCUCGAUCGCCUCGGAUCCUGCAUCCUCAGUACGACGAAAAAGUCAAGAGAGUCAUUUUUGAAGACGUCGCCAGAGACUGGUACAUGUCCGCUUAUGAUGAUGAGGAUUUCCUUUGAGAUUUGUAUAUCCUGCCUUCAAGACUGAUUCAGCGGUUAACAGUAAUCUAAGAACCCACCUAAGAAAUAUAUUUAUUAAAAAAUUAUU